AUGGGGGACCAGCAUCAGGUCCAUGUCUGGGAGAACACCUACAUCAUGGCGCCCAAGGAUGAUGAGAAGAUGCUCCCAUCCAAAGUGACAGCCGUCAUCAAGAACGUUAUGGAAGGCUACUUGCAGGACAAGGAGUAUGCCGUAGAGGAUGCCAAAGCUUGGACUCUGGACCUGAGCAACGAAAUCAAGGCUUCUGUCAAGCAAGAUUUGAACAUACCGCGGUACAAGAUCAUCGUACAGGCCUUGUUGCUGCAGGGGCUGCGUGCUGGCACGAUGCAGCUCUCAAGCCUGAUUGUAGUCGAGAUUAUAAUGUGGAAAAUCGAACUAGACGCACCUAGCAAUAGCCGAAAGUCACGUCCAGAAGCAUGA